CGUAUUGGGGCGGGGGGGAAAGGGGGAUGCGGCAGCCUCAAGGAGGGGGCAGCUGGCAGGCUCCUGGCAACCAUGGCAGCGCCUCCCUCACGGGAAUCUCGGCCCUGAGGCAGGGGCGCACCAGGGUGGCCCGCAGCCAGUAAUCAUGUCAUCCACAUCUUGGACAAGGAAUCCAGGAAGUACAUCUUGAGGUAGAGUCUCAAGACAGGACAGAGUGGCUUAUAGGCCUUUUUUGGGUAACACAAUCCAUGGAUAAGGUGGGAAAGAUGUGGAACAACUUCAAAUACAGAUGCCAAAAUCUCUUCAGUCAUGAAAGUGGAAACCGAAAUGAUGAUGUAGCUGUGAAAUCCAGUAGAUGUUUAUCUGUUAAGGAUAAAAGUGUCAAUGUACCUGAUUUGGCUCAGCAGCAACCCAGCAGCCCUUUAAGAGAGAAUGUUGCCUUACAAUUAGGGUUAAGUCCUUCAAAGAAUUCAGUGAGACGAAAUCAGAAUUGUGUCACUGAGAUCCCUCAAAUUGUUGAAAUAAGUAUUGAGAAAGAAAACGAGUUGUGUGUUCCCACAGGAGCUAGACUGGCACGAAGGGACUCUUACUCUCGGCAUGCUCCUUGGGGUGGGAAGAAGAAACAUUCCUCCUCUACAAAAACCCAGAGCUCCUUGGAUAGUGAUAAAAGGUUUGGUAGAACACGCAAUGGCUUGCAAAGGAGGGAGAGAAGAUACGGAGUGAGUUCUAUGCAUGAUAUGGAUAGUGUAUCAAACAGGACAGUAGGUAGCCGUUCCCUGCGGCAGAGACUGCAAGAUACUGUUGGAUUAUGUUUUCCCAUGAGAACUUAUAGCAAACAGUGCAAACCCCUAUUUUCCAGUAAAAGGAAAAUCCAUCUCUCUGAACUAAUGCUUGAGAAAUGUCCUUUUCCUGCUGGAUCAGAUCUAGCCCAAAAGUGGCAUCUGAUCAAGCAACAUACAGCUCCUGUGAGCCCACAUUCAACAUUUUUUGAUACAUUUGAUCCUUCCUUGGUUUCUACAGAAGAUGAAGAAGAUAGACUGAGAGAGAGACGUAGGCUUAGUAUUGAAGAAGGGGUCGAUCCCCCACCCAAUGCCCAAAUACAUACUUUUGAAGCUACAGCACAGGUUAAUCCAUUGUAUAAACUGGGACCAAAGUUAGCCCCUGGUAUGACUGAGCUGACUGGGGACAGCUGUGUGACACCACAGGGAACCUGUGACUCUGAAGAGGACACAACAACCCUCUGUUUGCAGUCACGUAGGCAGAAGCAACGGCAGGUGUCUGGAGAGAGCCAUGGCCAUAUCAGUAGACAAGGGGCUUGGAAAGUGCACACUCAGAUUGAUUACAUACACUGCCUAGUACCAGAUUUACUUCAAAUUACAGGUAACCCAUGUUACUGGGGUGUGAUGGACCGUUACGAGGCCGAGGCACUUCUGGAAGGGAAACCUGAAGGCACUUUUUUGCUCAGGGAUUCUGCACAAGAGGACUACCUCUUCUCUGUGAGCUUCCGUCGUUAUAACCGAUCCCUACAUGCACGUAUUGAGCAGUGGAAUCACAAUUUCAGUUUUGAUGCUCAUGAUCCCUGUGUAUUUCACUCCUCCACUGUUACAGGGCUUCUAGAACACUAUAAAGAUCCUAGCUCUUGCAUGUUUUUUGAACCAUUACUUACUGUAUCCCUGAACAGGACCUUUCCCUUUAGUCUGCAGUAUAUCUGCCGGGCAGUAAUCUGCAGGUGCACUACGUAUGAUGGAAUUGAUGAACUCCCUUUACCGUCAAUGUUGCAAGACUUUCUUAAGGAAUAUCACUAUAAACAAAAAGUCAGGGUGCGAUGGUUGGAACGGGAACCGAUUAAGGCAAAGUAAACAGAAUCCAGAGUCUCCAAUAAGCUUACUAGAACCUGCUUUUUUGUGUGUGUUACAGUUUAACUGCAGCAAGUGCAUCAACAGUGUUUAGCUUUUUUGCAAUACCGUAUUUAAGCCUAGUGUUAGUAUCCUGUCAGAUGCUGCCUGCUGUUAAUCAAACCAAGUUGUGAUGCCUCUUGAAACAAUAAGCAGACACAAAGCUGCACGUUUUUUCAUUAAGGCCAAUAUUAAAAUACUUUUGCUAAUUUCUAAAUACAUUUUCCUUUUUUAUAGCUGUAGUAAUUGAGUGAAGCAACUAUGGGGCAUUUUCUAUAAAGCAUCCAGUGUAAUGCUAAUGAACAAAAAGUUUUAUUGGAUGAGCAUUUCCAAUGUGAUCCUGAGGUCUCUCUUGUUUUUAAGUAACUUUUAAAAAAAUCUAGUCUUUAAGACUAAUCUAUACUUUUAUAAACAAGUUUCCAGAUGCCAGGAAAUAAAGAAGUAUUUUCAAGUGUGAUUCAUUAGCAGCGGAGAAAUCGGUGGGUUUUUUUUUAUGCCAACAACCAAAAUUCCCACUUCUGUUAGUGCAUCAGGUUUCCAAAUUAUGAGCACUUAACUAUGUUGAAUCAGUGGUGUAAUUAUAUUUACAACUCUUUCAGUGUUAAGUGGCACUGUUAGCAAGACUAAUAUUAACGUAACCUUCCAAAUUUAAAAAAAAUCUUGAAUCCAAAGCUAGUUUAAAUUGGACUAUUGCUAUUGUAAAUUAAGCAGUUUAUACUUUUUGACAAAUAAAAUAUAAGAAUUGGUUACCCAACAAACGUUCUAAUUCACAAUGGAAGAUUAUGUUGAACGGUAAAUGAAUAAUGUUUAAUGAAAACUGUAUUUAAUACUGUUUAUAGAGAAAUGCAUCAUAGUUGAAUAAUUUAAUUAAAACUUAUUCAAGCAAGUUAAAAAAAAAAAAAAGUUAGACAAAUAAAUCAAGUUUCAAAGGUACUGUUACUUAUAGAUACUAUAACAUUUUUCCAUUAGCACUUUCUGUAAUAUUUAAUAUUGUGCACUGAUACUAUUUCAGCAGUCUACCUGGGGAAAAAAAAUAAUCUAAUUUUUUUUUGCGUAUUUAAUGUUGGACAGAACUUAAACUGUACUGUCAGACAUUUUUUGCACUAAAAUUUUAUUGGUAUAUGCAGUACCCUGUUUUUAUAUUUUAUACCAGUUGUGAGCUCCCUAGUUUCUUUACCAGUUACUACAGUACGUUACUUACUUCUCUAUGGCAGUGAUUAUGUGAGGUAGGGAACCUUUUGGCUGCAGAUACAAGAAUAAUAACUUUUCUUGUAUGCAACACUAACCCUUCUAUUGAUGUAUUUUUCUGCUUGCUGUGCCUUGUUCUGCCUUUUUGUGCUAAUAAAGUACAGUAUGUUCAGUGUUAUACUUGUAUAUCUGCUCUGUUUUUAUAUAUUUGCAUAACUUGUAGCAGUUAACUGAAUUUUUAAUAGGCUUUUCCUAGUAAUUAGUAGAGUUAACGCACAAAUUCUGUGCAGUUAAAUAUUGGUUUGUCAGAGCACAAUAUCUCUGACUCUCAAAUGUUACAUUUUUUAUGAGAACCCAGACAGUGUACACUGUUGAAUAAUGUUUUGACAGUCACUGAAAAAUAAUUGUAUGUCAUGAAAUUUAAGCAGUUUGAAGUAUUUACAACAUAAAAAAAUAAAUGGCAGAAAAACAGGUAAAGUUUUUAAAGAUACUUAUAGUCCCCUGUAGAGGUUGCUGAUGAUAUUUCAACCUGUAGAACUGAUUUACUAGAUGAAAUCAAUAUUUUGAUAUUCUCUGCUAUAUGAGGAGUAGUUCUUAGGCUGCAUAAAUUGGCAGUGUAGCAACAUCAUUUGUUAAGACCACUUUUAAUAAGCACACACACAUCUAAAAUCCCCAAAUAUUGUGGCUUUUUUUUUUUAACCAAAGAAUCCUGUCAAUUUAUGUCCCUUUUUAGAUCAAAGGGUGGAGGGAUGUGAUUUUUGUUUCAUCAAAUAAUUAUCCCAAACUAAGGUUAAACCAAAGUAUUUGAGAAUUUCAUCUAAAUUUGUUUAACACUGUAUAUGAUUAUACUGGUAGAGAAUAAAUAUUGUGUAUCAGUAAUAGGUCAUCAGUUUUUUCUGGACUUCACAGUGCACCUGAAAAGACAAGUAAAAUUAAACCAAUUAUGUAGUGACUGGAAGAGUGCUAUACAGGAUCGUAUUGAAUGGGGUUAAUUUGAAACACCCAGAAAGCACUUUAAAAUGCAUAUGAUGCUUGUGGAAACUUGGUGAUCCUGUUUUGCAUUUUUUUUGUAGUAACUGAUAUGCUUUUUUGUGUUAUGAAAUAUUUCAACUGUUAAAAUGAACGUUUGUUUAGAACAUGUAUAUACUUCUCACUAAGUUUUAUGUAAGCAUGUGUACCAAUGUGCUAAUAGUCACUUAAGUUCUGAGGUGUGUGUGUGUGUGUGUGUCAUUGAAUAUGCAACUUCUGGUUUAAAAUCUGUGCUAAGCCUAGCUGCUUACAUUUAAAAAAAAAAAAAAAAAAAAAAAAAUCACCAGCA